CUGAGCGCUGCGCAGUCAACCGUCUGCAGCGCCACUGGCUGCAGGGAUAUCCCGAUGAAAGAGGAGACUACUCGGGGUGAAUUCGGACAAGUUUUAACUACAAGUUUUAACUAUAUUGAGGUGGAGGAGUUGGCGAAUUAAGCACCGCUCAAAGACAAAAGACUCAGAUGUUGCUGCCAUGUGCCAGACUUACACCCUAAGCAGACGAAAGACGCAGCACCCUGAAGAACUUUUAGCUAUUUUCUGCAGCCUGGUAAGAGAGACUUUGAGAGAAUAUCCUCCAAGACUCAUAAAAGCACACCCCUAUCACAGAGUGUCCACCUGUACUCUACCUUCACCCAGCAGCACCUUCCUCAUCCUCUCACAGAACUGGCUGUACUGUCAGUAAGGUUUAUUCACAAAUGUCUACCUCACGAUUAAAAGACCCCUCACCGACACUGCGACCCUGAACAGGAUACAAAAUGACCUCGAGCAUUGACCAGGAUGACAGUAGUAUUUUUGAUGGGUUAAUGGAAGAAGAUGAAAAGGACAAAGCAAAACGCGUGUCCCGUAACAAAUCUGAGAAGAAGCGCAGAGACCAGUUCAAUGUCCUCAUCAAGGAGUUGGGUACAAUGCUGCCGGGCAACACCCGGAAGAUGGACAAGUCCACUAUUUUGCAGAAAAGUAUCGACUUUCUGCACAAACACAAAGAAAUCGCAGCUCAGUCAGAGUCAACUGAGAUCAGACAAGACUGGAAACCUCCUUUUCUUAGUAAUGAAGAGUUCACUCAGCUGAUGUUGGAGGCGUUAGAUGGAUUUUUCCUUGCAAUUAUGGCUGAUGGGAAUAUAAUCUAUGUCUCUGAGAGUGUGACUUCCCUACUAGAACAUUUACCAUCUGAUCUUGUUGAUCAGAACUUGUUAAAUUUCUUGCCUGUGGGGGAGCAUUCAGAGGUGUACAAGGCUCUGUCCUCUCAUGUCAUGGAAGGAGAAACAUUGACACCUGAGUAUCUUAAAACAAAAAAUCAGCUAGAGUUCUGUUGCCACAUGCUCCGAGGGACAAUCGACCCCAAAGAGCCCCCCGUGUAUGAAUAUGUAAAGUUUAUUGGAAACUUCAAGUCCCUGAAUAAUGUGCCUAACUGUACCCGAAAUGGUUUCGAUGGAGUGAUCCAGCGAUCACUUCACUCUGCCUUUGAAGACAGAGUGUGUCUCAUAGCCACUGUGAGGCUAGCCAAACCACAGUUUAUCAAGGAGAUGUGCACAGUAGAAGAGCCUAAUGAGGAAUUUACAUCCAGACAUAGUUUAGAGUGGAAAUUUCUCUUCCUGGACCACAGAGCGCCGCCCAUCAUAGGUUACCUCCCAUUUGAGGUCCUGGGUACAUCAGGAUAUGACUACUAUCAUGUAGAUGACCUUGAGACACUAGCCAAGUGUCACGAACACUUAAUGCAAUAUGGGAAAGGAAAGUCCUGCUACUACAGAUUCCUCACCAAAGGGCAGCAAUGGAUUUGGCUUCAGACCCAUUACUACAUUACUUAUCACCAGUGGAACUCCAGGCCAGAGUUUAUUGUCUGCACACACACGGUCGUAAGUUAUGCUGAAGUAAGAGCAGAACAGCGCAGAGAGCUGGGAAUUGAAGAAUCACCACCUCAAAUCACCGCUGAGAAGCAAUCCCAGGAUUCAGGCUCUGAGUCCCAGCUCAACACUUUCAGCUUGAAAGAGGCCUUAGAGCGAUUUGACCACAGUCGGACCCCAUCGGCCUCGUCUCGCAGCUCACGUAAAUCUUCCCACACGGCUGUGUCUGACCCAGCCUCAUCACAAAUGAAGCUUCAGGGAGAUAGGAGUACACCAGGUCGCCAGUCGGUCUCUGCUGUGGAGAUGACAUCACAACGGAGAUCAUCUAUCAGCAGUCAGCAGUCCUUGAGUUCCCAAAAUACAGGACAGAACGUGGCGUCAUCCAUGGUUUCACAACAACAGCCGCAGCAGCCACAACAGCAGCAACAGCAACAACAACAACAGCAACAAGUUCCGACCAACAAUCAAUCAAUGGUCCAGUUCUCCAGCCAGUUAGAAGCCAUGCAGCACCUGAAAGAGCAGCUGGAGCAGAGGACCAGAAUGAUCGAGGCCAACAUUCAGCGGCAGCAGGAUGAGCUGCGGCAGAUCCAGGACGAGCUACAGAGGGUGCAGGGACAGAGUCUGCAGAUGUUCCUGCAGAAAGGGGCUGGAGGACUAAAUGUGAGCUCUGUACAGAUGGCCCAGGGGAAUGGUGGGCAGCAGGGGGGUACACUCAGCAUGCAGGGCCAGGUGGUUUCUGCAGGGUCUCUGCAAAACAGCAUACAGCAACAACAUGCUGUGCAGCCCCCAUCCCAGCAGCAAACACUCCUACGGGAACAGAACACAGCACUCUCGCAGCCUCAGAGGUCGUCGCACACGCUGCAGCCUCAACAGAAUCCACUGCCUGCAUCUCUCUACAACACGAUGAUGAUCCCUCAGCAAAGUCCUGCUAAUGUGGUUCAGAUUGCCACAAGCCUGGCGCAGAAUACUGGACCCAACACUCCUGCUGUGGCAACAUUUGCACAGGACCGUUCGGCUCAGAUUAGGUUUCCUGCAGGCCCCCAGCUGCUCACCAAGCUAGUGACAGGGCAGAUGACAUGUGGGGCAGUCAUGGUCCCCACAACCAUGUUUAUGGGUCAAGUGGUGACGGCCUUUGCACCGCAGCAGGGCCAGACGCAGACAAUUAGCAUUUCCCAACAGGCUCCGCAGCAGCAACAGCAACAGGAGCAACAGAUUCAACCGCAGUCUCAGGUCACAGCCAUGCAGCAAGGGCAAGCUCCACUAACCCAGCAGCAAACACAGUUCCUACAGGCUCCUCGACUCCUUCAUGGAAACCAGUCCACCCAGCUGAUCCUGCAGGCAGCGUUCCCUUUGCAGCAGCAGGGUACCUUCACUGCAGCAGCCCAACAGCAGCAGCAACAGCAUCAAACACAGCAGAAGCAGUUACAACAAAAGCAGCAACAGCAGCUGGCUCCUCACAGAGCAGAUAGUUUGUCUGACCGCUCAGCGACACAGCCGCAGUAACUAGCCAAAGCCUAUCAGAAGUGCAGUUAGCCAAACUCAGGUGUCGUUGAUGGGAGUGUAAAGUGCAGUUCUGCUGAAAGUGCACCACUGAAACCUCAGAGGAUGAGAAGUGGACACUCUGUUGCUCUGCUUCUCUCACAUGAAUCUUGUGCUGUUUGCACUUCACUCCUGAGCCCAGAGUACACCAGAGAACCCGGGAUGGGGCUUGCUGUGGCAGCAGGUUUGGCUGUGGAAUGAAGCCUUCCCUCCAAGAAAACAGGGCCAUACAAGGCCUGCAAAAGACUCCCCCUUACGCCUCCCCUUGUGUCGUGUGUGUCUGUGUUUGGGUGUGUGUGUGUGUGUGUGUGUGUGUGUGUGUGUGUGUGUGCAGGCGCGCAUGUGUGCUCUAGUCACCCUCACAGGAUUAUUUCGCAGUUCUCCCGUCAGUGCAGUGGAGAUCUUUACUUCGAGGACGUCCUACAAAACAACCAAUUGUUUGUUUUGUAUGUUUUUCUUGUAAAACUAAUUAUGGGUCAGAAAAUAUUUUUAAGAAUGUGGUGUAGAUUGAACUUUGACUGUACAGAAUAUCAUGUGUAAUAUAUACUGUAAAUAUACUGAAGAAUAACUAAUAUUUUAUAUGAUGCAUGAAAUGAAAUGCAUAGUCUGUUAUUUGCAGCUUUGAAUAUGCUUUUUUUCUAAUACUCAGAAAAAAAGACCUCAAAAAUGCUUAGUGGCUGAUAUUUUCACAGACUUCCUUUCUCCUAGGGGAUGUUUGUUUGUGUGUCUGCAUCAGACAGUGCCGAUGCUGUUUGUUGUGUCACAGUUUGUUUAAUCCUUGACCCCUAUUUUCACACAACUUUACAAAAUUAUCGACAGAAUGAUAGAAAAAUACUUUAGUUUUUUUAAAGAUGUGCUCAAGCACUAAAGACUUGAAAUCAAGGUGUGCGAUUUGAUGAAUAAAAUGUAGGCAACUUUAAGCUAAACGUAUGCAACAGUAAGAUCAGCUAACAUUAUCCUUCAUAUCAUCAUUUCUUAAUUUUUUAGAACUUUUGUUGAGAUCCCUCCAUUUCACAGCCAUCCAUAUCUCCUGUGUUGGCACCCAAGGAUGCUUUAUUUCACCUGUAAACAUUUAUACUUUUAGAUGUAUGUAAAUAUAAAAUACUGACCCGUUAAAUAUGUUAGUGAGAGACAUGAUCUAGUUUUAAGCCAUCUAACUGUUUUAGCUGGGCACUCAGAACAAAAGCAUCCACCCUCUAGGACAGGGGUCCCCAAUCCCAGUCCACGAGGGCCGGUGUCCCUGCAGGUUUUAGAUGUGUCCUUGAUCCAUCCCAGCUGAUUUAAAUGGCUAAAUGACCUCCUCAACAUGUCUUGAAGUUCUCCAGAGGCCUGGUAAUGAACUAAUCAUGUGAUUCAGGUGUGUUGACCCAGGGUGAGAUCUAAAACCUGCAGGGACACCGGCCCUCGUGGACUGGGAUUGGGGACCCCUGCUCUAGGACUUUCUGGGAGACACCAGUCAUCCUGUCAGCCCGAUUCAAAGAUCCCAUCCUAUUCCAUCAUACCCUUCUCUGAGCUCUGUGGAUUAUCGGGAGAAGCCACUUGCUCUGCGGAGAACUACUUUAGAGUCCUUAAAUAUGCAAAUAAAAUUUGUAGCUGUGCUAA